GCAGAGCCUAUUGUAGUCCCUCCACCGCCAUCAGGUCCGCCACCUCUCCCAGCGCGGAACGACAAGCGACUCUCGUUCGUCCCGGCAGACCUCUCACCCGAGACGGCGACGCCUGCCGAUCGGAUGAGCAUCAUCAGCGCGUCGGCUUCGGCCUCGACGGCUGUAGCCAAGUGUCCCGUAUGUAACGUGUUCGAGGGCGACGAGGCUGCGGUGACACACCACGUUGCGAAGUCGCAUUUUGAUUGACGAGGCGAGAAUAUGGUGGGCUGGAGUCAGGCGCAUCCACGAACUCGCAACGACAGCAGAGAUGAUUUUAUGAAUGAGUAUGACUUUUAAUGUUUUGGGCGGCUUUGAUAUCCUUCCAUAUAGUUUCUAUCGCGGUCGAAACGAUUUCUUUCCACCUCUCAACACACAACUUUACCUUACCUAGGUGCCUAGCACGAACGUAUUCGACCUUUAUCGAUCUCGACAUGCACACCUGGGCAAUGUCUGAAUUUUCUACGCACACAAACAACACACCCUCUGAUCCGUCGCAGAUCUCCCGGUAUGAGGUCAUUCCAGAAUUGCACCACCUGCCCAGCCGCAACUUUGACGCUUUACAUAAUCGCUCAGGCUUUGAUGGCAAUCGCCAGGAGGGUCGACAAUUGCCACGUGCUGGCCACCCACCCGAUGUGCCUUCUCCUUUGUUCUCGGGCUCCCAAGAGCUCUCAUGGUCGGGCAAAACGGGCACACAGCUUCCAAGAUUUUCUUUUUGUUUGUUGAUGACACAGAGGGUCGAAUGCUUUGGUGGCGGCUUCUUCGGGGAGAAGAUUGUUGGGAGUGGUGGUGUCUAUAGCAAUAGAUGUCAGGCUGGUUCAGCGAUCGAUGUUGGAUGUUCCUUCCCUCGCUGCCUUCCUGCAUAGCGCGCGUGCAUCAUGAGGACAGCGUGAACCAUUGCAUUUUUUCUCGCGAAUGACAAAGCUCUGCCUGAUUAGUGGAAGGAGAAGAGAGCCAUUGGCCCGAUCAGAGACCAUCAUGCCCAUCGGCUGCGCUGUAGUGAAGGACACCCACUGGUGAGGAGGUUCAUGCCGUACAUACACAAAGGCUACAGUAUUUCGAUCGCAUCUCCGAUGUCCUGAGUUUUACA